AUGCGUUUCACAGUCAUCUUCUCGCAACAUUCUCUCCUAAAUCGACUAUCUCACCGCCUUAACUCUAGCCUUUCCUUCUCAUCGGUGGUUGUGCCGGUGAAAGAAGAGCCUGGCGAUGAUUUCCCAUAUUCCGACAUUCCCAACCCUAGCCGGAUAAAGUCGGAGAGGAAGCCGUACGUGACGCCAAUGAAGGUUCUGAUUGCAAGGGCGAAGGCAGAGAGGGAGGCUCGAAAGGCACAACCUUGUAGAGUUCUGGAAGAACCUCCCGAUAACGGAUUGCUGGUGCCGGAGCUUGUGGAAGUUGCUCAUCGUGUCUAUCGAGCUCGAGGCUAUCUACUUUCUGGUUUGAGUCAACUCGUCCGAGUCAUUCCUGUCUUGCGCUGCGAGCUUUGUAACGAGGUUCACAUUGGUUAUGUGGGUCAUGAAAUUCGAACUUGUACUGGACCAAAAAGUUGGCUGCAGAAUGCAAGUCAUGUUUGGAGAAGGGGAGGCGUUCGAGAUGUGUUUCGUUUCGCAAAAUGCUUUCAUCUCUAUGACCGUGUUGGCAAACCAAGGGUUGGGCAUGAUGAGAGGUUUAGUGUUCCUCGUAUCCCUGCCAUAGUUGAACUCUGCAUACAAGCGGGUCUAGACCUUGAAAAAUAUCCCACAAAGAGGAGGACCAAACCUGUAUAUUGUAUCGAGGGAAGAAUUGCAGAUUUUGAAUCCGUUGUGGAAGAUAAUGGAUUUGAAGGAAAAUGCUCUUUUGGAAAUGUCGACCCUUUAAUGGAUUCAUCAUCCUCUAUGUUGAUGAAGCCUGUAGAGAAGAUCCAAAAUCUAGUGGAGAACAAAAUAAGCCACAUGGAGCAGUUGAGUGACGAAGAACGAAACAAAUUAAGGGAUUUAAGUACACAUACAUUGAAUUCAUGGUUUGAGAUGACAUCAGGUGCAAAGAAGAUCAUGGAGAAGUAUGUUGUGAAUGCUUGUGGAUAUUGUCCUGAGGUUCAGGUUGGUCCUAAGGGGCAUAAGUUAAGAAUGUGCAAGGCUUCAAAGCAUCAGUCUCGGAAUGGUUUACAUGCAUGGCAAGAGGCAACAUUAGAUGAUAUUGUGAGUCCAAAUUAUGUUUGGCAUGUUGAGGAUCUGAACGGACCUGCUCUGAAUAACAAUUUGAAGAGAUAUUAUGGAAAGGCUCCUGCUGUCGUGGAACUCUGUGUCCAUGCUGGGGCUCCCGUUCCUGAUCAAUAUAGGAGCAUGAUGAGAUUAGACGUUGUUUCCCCAGGACGAGAUGAAGUUGACCUUGUUGCCUGA